CAGGAAGCGGCGGAGUGUUUUCCUGCCUCUGGCUCUGCUGUUGCGUUUAGCCAGGAGAUGGAGCUCCCGGAGACCAUCAGAAAGCGCUUAGACGACUUUUCUCGUCAUAUCUUAUUUGACCAGAGACGAACCGUGACGUUCCCCGGAGAAAGCGACGGAUCCCUGCCUCACGACAAACCAGUCCUGUCCAGCCUCCAGCUGCAGAUGUCGCUGUACUUUAACAUGUGGUUCUUCCCCUGCUGGUGGGUCAGCGAGUCCGUUAUGCUGCAUCUCAAGUACCCUGCCUUGCCGGAGUACUACAAGUUCAUCCUUGUGACUGUUCUGCUGCUGAUGACUCUUAUUGAGGCCAUCAGACUUUAUCUGGGAUAUGCUGGGAACCUGCAAGAAAAGGUUCCAGAGUUGGCAGGCUUUUGGUUGCUCACCAUCCUUCUGCAGCUUCCCCUCAUCCUUUUCCAGCUGUUUAACGAAGCCAUUCUUGUCCAGCCUCUGGAGAGGGGCGUCCACAUAGUGCUCACCGUAUUCAUUCUCAUACAGGCUGCCUCUGGUUUUGCAGCGCUGCGGAACAUGGUUAGACACACAGGGAGCCAGUUUCAUCUCCAACAGUUUGACUGACUUCGGAGGCUCAGACAUCCACGUCUGUUCUGGUGUGCUAUGAGUCACAAGGAUGCCUUCUUUCUGCACAUCUCUCAAACACUAAGGGUGAUAUAAAAAAAGGACUUAACAUGUCUCAAGUGGUUGAUAUUUUCAUAUGAUUUAUAUUUAAAUAAAAUAUUUAUUUUUGUAUUUUA